CCUGAACCAUUUCAUUGUACCUACACCUACCUCGGUUGUCUAGCCGGUCCUAUCGCCAAUUCCCCGAAUCCCCUAAUCCGACCUUCAGCUCUUCCCCUUUUCUCAACCGCGAUCCCUUCCAUCCCCACGCUCCUCCAAUGACCCCCGAACGCCGUGAUAUCCCCGGCCAGGCACCGGACAAUGCGAGCACGGCGUCGCGCGCUCGAGACUUCUUCUCCGUCCCUACGCCGGUCAAGCGCAUUUUCGACCGCUUUCCGCUCGUCACCUAUCCCUCCAACGAUCUCCCGCAUAGCGCAUGGUCGGACAAACGGGGCAAUCGGUUGUACGUCUUUACCGAUGCCGCAGGUGCCAGCCGUGGGAGACCGUCGUUUAACCCUCAGUGUCUCAAGUGGCAGGCAUACUUGCGCUUUGUUGGGAUCGACUUCGCCGUGAUUCCCUCCAACAACCAUGCGUCUCCGUCCGGCGCCCUUCCUUUCCUUAUUCCCGCCCACCCCGUCAGCAACAACACCCCAAUUCCUUCCAGCAAACUCCAGAAGUGGGCCAUCGAGCAAGUCCACUGUGAAGAGGAGCAGCAGUUAGAUUUGCGCUUCGAGGUAUAUGCAUCGUUACUGGAUCACCGGAUAAGAAAUGCUUGGCUAUACACCCUAUAUCUGGACCCCGAAGAGUUUGCAGCCGUUGGGAAACCAUUAUAUGUGGAUCCGUCGAGUACGCAUUCCGCCGUGCGGACCGCCCUUGCAGUGCAGCUCCAGCAAGCUGCCCAGACAGAGAUCCUGAAAACAUCGUCCUAUAUCGACGUGGGUGCUCUGGAGGCUGAGGCAAGCGACGCCUUCGAGGCUCUAUCUACCCUUCUUGGCGACAAUAUCCACUUCUUUGACCGACCCAACCCGGGUCUAUUCGACGCCAGCGUCUUUGCAUACACACAUCUGAUCUUGGACGAAGAGCUCGGCUGGCAACGAAACAGACUGGGGCAACUGCUGCGCAAACAUGAGAACCUUGUACAACAUCGCGAAAGACUACUAAAAUUCUUCUAGACGGAUGGAUCCACCAAGGACUAUCCAAUUCAUGUACACUAACAACAAUAACAACAAA